UGAUGGAGACGGAUGGUGUCGUUUCUUUUAAUAUCUCACCGGAAGAUUCCGAAGAGGUUCAUGUUUUGGCUGUCGAUGACAGCCUUGUUGAUCGAAAGGUCAUUGAACGCUUGCUCAAAAUAUCAGCUUGUAAAGUUACUGCUGUGGAUAGUGGAAUCAGAGCCCUGCAAUUCCUGGGGCUAGACGAGCAGAGAAGGAACUCUGAAUCUGAUGGUUUUAUUAGUUUAAAGGUGGAUCUAAUAAUCACCGAUUACUGCAUGCCCGGAAUGACUGGUUACGAGUUGCUCAAGAAAAUCAAGGAAUCAUCCACUUUCAGAGAAAUUCCUGUAGUGAUUAUGUCUUCUGAAAACAUUUUGCCCCGCAUAGACAGAUGCUUGGAGGAAGGUGCAGAGGAUUUCAUAGUGAAGCCAGUGAAGUUAUCUGAUGUGAAAAGAUUGAAGGAUUAUAUGACGACGAGAGAGGUCAGAGGAGGUAACGGUGGUGUGGAGAUCAAUAAUAAAAGGAAGCUGCAAGAAACCUCUGACCUGUCAUCAUCACCACCGUCCGUUUUCUCAUCAACACUUUCACCAUCACCAUCACCAUCUCCUUCGUCUUCACCCGGCGUGCCUGAUUCUCCAAUCAGACGGCUUAAAUUGACCACCGUCGAUUAACUUUUUCUUAUAUCAUCCACAUUUUCCUUCUCUCCAGUGGGCACUGCUGCAGUAUCUUCAUUUCUGUCUCUUUUCUUUAUUUUAAUUUUUUUUAAAAGAUUUAUUGCUUUCCUCUUUUGCGGGUUCAAACUGCAAUUACCCGUUGUUUUUAACGGUUUUUGUUGCAUUACCCUGUUCUUAUAAUUUGAUAAUUG